AUGGUUGAUGGAGGACAAAACGAAAGUAAACAUAAUUAUAUUGUAGAAAAUUGAUAAUUUUAGAUCAAUAAACAUCUAUAGUGUUUUGCGAAGAGGACAGAAAUGGUAGACGAACGGAAACGCCUGUUGCCACCGAGAAUAAACGAUUCUGAAGAAGACCACUCGAAUAGUUGCUUAUUUAGCUGCCUGAGCAAAUAUAAUUUGAAAUGCACUUCAAAAACAGCCGUAUUAGUAUGUGUAGCCCUGGAACGAUUGGCAUUUUACACGAUAUCAGGAAAUCUCGUUUUAUUUCUGAAUGGAACGCAGGCAUACAAUUGGACCACUUCUCAAGCAAUGACUGCAUCCUAUGCGUUCUUGGGUGUGGCAUGCAUUUUUUACUUCCUGGGAGGAGUGUUGGCAGACAUUAUCCUUGGACGCUUUUGGAUGAUUCUUAUUGCAUUUGCUGUGUACAUCAUUGGAUAUGCUGGUCUUCCAGUGCUUUCCCGACAAGACCCGAAUAACUUAACUACAUUAAAUUGCACAUUGAAUGGGAACCCUCACGAAACUUGCCCAAUCCUUGUAUAUGUAGCACUAGUCAUUAUUGCUGCUGGAACAGGAUUGCUUAGGGCAAAUGUUGCCCCCUUUGGAGCAGAUCAGUUACAAGGUGAUGACCCCAAGGAAACAGCGAUCUUCUUCAACUGGUACUAUUGGUGCAUUAAUGUUGGAACACUAGGCGCUCUCGGAGGUAUAGCAUAUAUGCAACAGCAGAUGACUCGUGGAUUCUUUUAUGGAUUUAUUGUUGGGGCUGCUAGCCUUGUUCUUGGACUUGCAGUUUUCCUUACAGGUUCAUGCUCAUACAAAUAUAAAAAACCUAUUGGAAGUGUGUUCAUAACCAUCUUCAAGAUCAUUCGUGAAGCAAGAAGAAUAAAACAAAGGAAAAGAAAAAAUGUGGCAUUGCCCCGUGGGUUAGACAUUUCAAGGGGUAAUUCUGAAAAAGAGCAAGAACAAAGGCCGCUGAGUUUCUUGGACUAUGCCAAGUUCAGAUAUGGAGGCAAUUACCAUGAUUACGAUGUUGAUGACAUUAAAAAGUUGGGGAAGAUUUUGGUUGUGUUUUCUGCUCUCAUUCCAUUUUGGAUGGUGUAUUAUCAGAUGGAGACAUCCUUCCUGGUUCAGGGCCUUCACAUGAAGCUGAUCGUCAAUGCCAACCAUACCCAUCACUGCAAUGUGUCACCAACAGAUGUAUACCCACCAUCAGAUAAUAAAGAUGACAAGACUUACUAUAAUAAUCAGCACUUUAGUAUAGCGGUGGCCUGGCUGUCCUUGUGUGAUGUCCUGUUGCUGAUCCUCCUGAUCCCCUUCAUGGACAGGGUGGUCUACCCCUGGAUGCAGGGCAAGGGAUGGACGUUCACCAUGAUCACCAAGAUUCUGGUCGGCUUUGUGUUCGCGUUCUUUGCUGUGAUAGCAGCUGGCUUGUUGGAGUGGAGACGACUUAAUGUCUACUGGGACAAUGGGACUGACUCGUGCUGCUAUGAUGUGGUCCCUCAACAGUUCUCACGUGGCGUUGUGUAUUAUGCUGCAAACCUCAGCAUUUUCUGGCAGGUCCCUCAGUAUGUACUGAUUGGCUUCAGUGAACUCUUCACAAGCAUUGCAGGUCUAGAGUUUGCCAGUAUGGUAGCCCCUCGCUCCAUGAAAAGCAGUGUGAUGGGCUUGUUCUACUUCUUCUCGGGCAUUGGCAGUUUCCUGGGCUCCGCAGUUCUGGCCAUGUUUCAGGGCGUCUGGUUCUCUUCAGCUGACCAUGGCAAUAUCAACAGCAGACAUGGCUGCUACGGGUUAGAAGGAUCAUCUAAUCUUGACUAUUAUUUUUUUUUGUUAGCUGGAAUUCAACUUUGUGGAAUAUUGUUUUUUUUAUUUAUUGUGAAAAAGCUGAGACUUUCAGAAGACCCCGUCAUUGCUGGAAUUGAGACAGAGAAAGAGCAACCAAGGCUGCCCUCUCGACCUAGCAGCAGACUGAGUUUUGGACGGGGCAGGAGGAGAGACUAUGGCUCGGACAGUUCGACCGGAGAAAGAUCUAUAACCCCAAAGUAUGUAGAGGAAGUGGAGACUGUGGAGUCUUCAGCCUCUGAGUCGAGUUCAGGCCUACGUGACAGAGACUCUCACACUCCCCUUGGCAACAUAGCCCACCAGCCUCCUGUCAGACGUACGGUAGGACGAGACAAGACCGGCAGAAUUGGGCUAAAUAUGUAGUAGCUUCUGGCUGCCAGUAAUUAUUUUGUCACUUGACUGUAGAAAAUUGGGUGCUUAUGGGGUAUUAAUCAAGAUGCUUAAUGUUUUUGCUCACUGUCAUAUACACUCAAACGCUCUUUACAUGCAAUGCUUAUGUUUCUGAUUUAUCAAAAAAAGCUAACAAUAUAGACUUCAAAUUGCAUUAUUUUUUCUGUAUAAAAUCUCUCAUCUGUGACUCUUUUCCGGACCUCUUGUAAAGGUGUGCUAGUGCUGCACAUGCAAACGUAAAAAUGCAAAUAUUAUUGAUUUUCUUCACAUAAUUUCUUUUUCAAAUAAAAUAUUCAUAUGCAAAUUAAAUUAAUAAGAAGAGAUCAAAACAACUUAUUUGUAAAAAUGUUUAAUUAAAGAGCAUUGAUUGUGUAUAUCAUCGAAAAGGUUGUGACAUAUUGCAUAGUAUAUGUUUUCGUUAUGGGACUUCUGAGUUAAAUUCGCAUGUCAAUGUAAAUAUGAAAGUCAAUUUACUCAAAUUAACAGUUUAAAGGAUAAGUAUGGUACAAGUGUUAAUUUCUAGCACUGCUAGUCUUGUUUAAAGGGGCCUUUUCACAGAUUUUGGCAUGUUUUGAAGUUUGUCGUUAAAUGCUUUAUAUUGAUAAAUGUAAACAUUGGACCUAAAAAGCUCCAGUAAAAAAAUCAAGAAUAAAAUUUAAAUAAAGGCAAAAAGUAGCCCACAGCAGGGCUCGAACCAGUGACCGCCAGAGUCCUGGAGUAAAAACCAAUUAGACCACUCGGCCAUCCUGCCAAGUAUGAAAGAGAGACGUAUUUUAUACUUUAUAUAAGCAAUCUUCGUAGUUUCACAAAAUUAAACGAAAACAACAGAACUCUUCAAAUUAUUCAAUCAUUUCGCGUUGCAACUCUUUACAAUUGUCAAGUUUUUUAAUUGUCAAAAGAUGCAUAUAAUGGCCAAAUUAGACCAUGAUAAAUUUUCAGUAUUAACGUUAAAGUACCUCUUCUCGAACCUCACCUCUUUUCAAACCCUUCAUUAGUUUACUUUUUAUGCACAUGCGCGCACACGCACUACAUCACCGUAUUUUUAGGUAUUAGUAAUUUGUUUAAGUCGACUCGCGCGUAGCUGCAAAUCGAGGAAAAUGCGUCAAAAAUAGGUAGAAUAAGUUGAUUAAUCAUAAAACACGUAAAAAUCAUUGUAUUUCUUAAUGCUUUUUACAUAUGUAAGGAUUUUCCGUAAAAAAACUAUAAAAACAUGGUCUUAUUUUUGUUCUCAACUUUGCUUGACAAUUUACACAUUUCAGCUGCUGCAGUAAGUCAUGUGACCAUGGUCAAAACAUGUGAUUAAUUUAUUUUAAAUUUUGUACACUGAAUGGUUCGAAAGCAGGUACUCAUUGUUUGGGCAGUAUUGAUAGUUUUACAUGAUAUGGACGUGCUGGAAACUUGCAAAAAUCUGUUAUCAUAAAAGGAUUUACAUAGCAAUUACAGUUGCCAGCCAUGAAGAAACAAGUUAUUUAUCAAAUGUAGUACUUGUAAAUAUGUUUCACUAUUUUCAACUUUAUAUUUGAGUAUAAUUGACGUGUCAAAAAUUAAGAGGUUCGAAAGAUGGUUUGUCCAUGAUACUGUUGCCUCACAAAUAUCAUAACUAAAACGAAAAUUCGCGAAUCUGAAACAACUUUUUUCAACUUUGUCAAUUCACCAAAACUUGAAAAGGCCCCUUUAAAGGCUUUUGCAUCUUUCUGUUUGUGUCCAUGCUAAGUAAAGCAUAACAGUACAUGUAUGCAGAUUUCAAAAUACAAUAGCAAUUAGAUGAUACAUGUAUAUCUCACGUAAUUAUGCUAAGCCUAUGUAAAAUGCUCUCAGCAGGGCAUAAUUAUAAAAGUGCAAAGAUACGCAACAGCUACAAAGUCAAUUCAACAAAAUUAGAACAUUUGCAUUUAUAUCACAGUUUGCCUUCACCAUUUGUAUUCCAUGCACCAAGAUUUAAUUUUAUUCUUUAUACAAAUCUUUAUUUUAUGCUUUCUGGUGGUUUAUAGAGAAAUAUCAGUUAAUUAUCUAUAUUUUUCACUGUUUUACUGUGAAAUGACGUCAUUUUUUCGACGAAAGGACGUCAUCAUUCCAGUGAAAUUCCCCAGUUAAACUCUUUUACAAUAUAAAUGAAAUGUGAAAAAAAAAUAAAAUAAAAAGAAAAUUUGUUGGAUUCGAUGGAAUAUCGAUUUUAAUUCACUUGUGAUCAUAAAAAAUAUAUUUUUCACUCGUAGCUGUGCCACUCAGGAAAAUAUUAUUUUCUAUGAUCACUCGUCAAAUAAAAUCGAUAUUCUAAUGUAAUCCAACAAAUAUCCUCUAUUUAAUUAAUAUUGGCACCUCAUGCUUCUGUACAAAAUUAUUUAAUACUUUUAUUAGUUUUCUAACGGUGAAAUAGGAGGAGACUGGGUUUGAAGAGGUGUGACUGUCUGCACAUAGGGAAUAUGUAAAUUAUUUUAGCUUUUUUGUUCAUCAAAAAUUGUGGUUGCUUUGGUUACAAAAUAAGUGCAAACUUUUGGAAAAAACCUUGGCCUUGCUGCUAUCCAGUUAGCACAGUUGUUCAAUUCCUGUUCAUGGCACAUGAGAUUGGUUGGGGCUCACCAUACCAGUGGGGUUUAUCUCAGAUUCUCUGGGUUCUACCUGCAGCAUGAGAACACACGAAAGUUGUGCAGCUGUCAGAAAAACAGUAAAAUUGAAUAGCUGUUAAUUUCAGCUCUAAUUAAAAGUUCAUUCAAACUUGUUAAGUCUAUGUAGUUAACUAGGAAGGAGUGUUGGGACACACUCCGUUAAGUCUAUGUAGUUAACUAGGAAGGAGUGUUGGGACACGUAGUUAACUAGGAAGGAGUGUUGGGACACGUAGUUAACUAGGAAGGAGUGUUGGGACACAUAGUUAACUAGGAAGGAGUGUUGGGACACACUCCGUUGCUAGACAUAAUGCAGCUUCUGGCGUAGAAUGACGUCAUAAACUUCGAAAAACACACACACACAACCUGUUAUUAUUCAAAAUGUAUAUAAGCUUGGUUCAAGAAAGUGUUUAAUUUGUAAAAUCUGGGGAAAUAUCCAUGGGAUUUCAAAGAACAAGGUUCACAAAGCAUCUAAAUAUGCCAUAUGAAGUGAAAAAAAUAAGUUUCACAAAUCAUCAUUAUUUUGGUGUAUUUGUGGAGCUUAACAUCUUACCUGUACCCUAGAGAUUGUAGUGUCUUUUGUUGCAGAAAUAACUGAAAACUGUCAGCCAAAUCUGGAUCCUGUUACUCAACAAUUACCAUUAACGUUUAUUCCCAGGGGAAGCUUUUUCACUGUUGAUUCAUUAGCCCAUUUAAAUAUGUAUAAGUCUAUGGGUCAAAAUGAAGUUUAGUGUUGAGAAGAUCUAUGCAAGCUGUAUUGAUGAAAUUUUGGGUAAGCCCAGAAUUUGUCAGAACGGUCAAUGUCAAAGUAAAAAUGAGGUCAAGUGAUUUGGGUGUGUUGAAAAUCAUCAUCCAUUUAAAUAUCAAAGAUUUGUAGAAAGCAUUAAUGUAAUAAAAACAGAUUUUAUUUUUAGCUCGACUAUUAUAUAUGAAAUAUAUAUAGUGGAGCUAUCCUACUCACCCCAGCGUCUACCCUAAUUAUUUUCAUUGUCCCUUGACAUAUUGCUUUCAUAUUUUGCAUACUUGUUUACCAACAUGACCCCAACCUAUAAACAAGAGCAGACAACUCUAUCAAGCAUUUUGUCAUAAUUAUUGCCCCUUUUCCACUUAGAAUAUGCAGCAAAUGUUAAAGUUUUCGUACUACCCCAUCUAUUUUCAUUGUCUCUUGACAUAUUGCUUUCAUAUUUUGCAUACUUGUUUACCAACAUCACCCCAACCCAUAAACAAGAGCAGACAAGUCUAUCAAGCAUUUUGUUAUAAUUAUUGCCUUUUUAACCAGGUUUUCCGAAGGAAAAAACUGGUUAUUAGAUUGGCGAAUGCAGGCGGGCUGGCUGGCUGGCUGGCGGGCUGGCUGGCUGGCGGGCGGGCGGAACAAGCUUGUCCGGGCCAUAACUAUGUCGUUCAUCAGAUUUUAAAAUCAUUUGGCACAUUUGUUCACCAUCAUUGGACGGUGUGUCGCGCGAAAUAAUUACGUCGAUAUCUCCAAGGUCAAGGUCACACUUUGAGUUCAAAGGUCAAAAAUGGCCAUAAAUGAGCUUGUCCUGGCCAUAACUAUGUCAUUCAUUGUGAGGAUUUUAAAAUCAUUUGGCACAUUUGUUCACCAUCAUGGGACAGUGUGUCGCACGAAAGAAUCACGUCAAUAUCUCCAAUGUCAAGGUCGCCACGACUAAAAAUAGAUUUUUUUAAAAAACAAACUUACAAAGGGGGUUAAUUUUGUUUGUUCAUUUCAAAAGUUCAGUUUGAGUUUUCUCCCUUUAUCAGAUUUUUUUUUCACAAUGAAAACCUGGUUUUGUGACAAUUUUGUCCCUUGUUUAUACUUAGAAUAUGCAUAUUAUUGAUAAAUCUAUGUUAAAGUUUGCGUACUACCCCAAAUAUUUCCUAUAUCCUUUGACAUAUUGCUUUUAUAUGUUGCAUACUUGUUUACCAACAUGACCCAAACCUAUAAACAAGAGCAGACCACUGUAUCAAGCAUUUUGACAUAAUUAUGGCCCCUUUUACACUUAGAUUAUUGAACCUUUUGCUUAAAUUGUCAUAACUUCUAUAUUUAUGAUCACAUUUUAUUAUUACUUUGACAAAACAACACUUACCUGAACACCACAAUGGAUUCCACCCAAACAAUACCCCACGCCCCUACCAAGAAUCCCUUCCCCACCCCCCUCCCCAACUCCCCCCCCAAUUUUUUAAAGUCCCUCACUAUAGUAGUGGGGGACAUAUUGUUUUUGCCCUGUCUGUUGGUCUGUUGGUUGGUCUGUUGGUUGGUUGGUUGGUUUGCGCCAACGUUAACAUUUGCAAUAACUUUUGCAAUAUUGAAGAUAGGAACUUGAUAUUUGGCAUGCAUAUGUAUCUCAUGGAGCUGCACAUUUUGAGUGGUGAAAAUUCAAGGUCAAGGUCAUCCUUCAAGGUCAAAGGUCAAAUAUAUGGGUCAAAAUCGCUCAUUUAAUGUACACUUUUGCAGUAUUUCAAUAUUCAAGAUAGCAACUUGAUAUUUGGCAUGCAUGUGUAUCUCAUGGAGCUGCACAAUUUGAGUGGUGAAAGGCCAAGGUCAAGGUCAUCCAUCAAGGUCAGAUGUCAAAUAUAUGUGGCCAAAAUCGCUAAUUUUAUGAGUACUUUUGCAAUAUUAAAGAUAGCAACUUGAUAUUUGGCAUGCAUGUGUAUCUCAUGGAGCUGCACAUUUUGAGUGGUGAAAGGUCAAGGUCAAGGUCAUCCUUCAAGGUCAGAGGUCAAAUAUAUGUGGCCCAAAUCGCUAAUUUUAUGAAUACUUUUGCAAUAUGGAAGAUAGCAACUUGAUAUUUGGCAUGCAUGUGUAUCUCAUGGAGCUGCACAUUUUUAGUGGUGAAAGGUCACAGUCAAGGUCAUCCUUCAAGGUCAAAUAUAUGGGUCAAAAUUGCUCAUGUAAUGUCACUUCUGCAAUAUUGAAGCUAGCAAUUUUAUAUUUGAAAUGCAUGUGUAUCUCAUGGAGCUGCACAUUUUGAGUGGUGAAGGGUCAAGGUCAAGGUCAUCCUACAAGGUCAAACGUCAUAUAGGGGGACAUUGUGUUUCACAAACACAUCUUGUUUUUAAACAUCAUCUAAUAAAUGACCACACCCAACAUUAUACCCCCCUACCCCCCCAAUUAUUUUUUUCCUUUUUUUAUUUUUGAAAGAUCGUCUAAUAAAUGACCAUACCCCACAUUAUACCCCCUCUCAACCCCCCCCCCCCCCAAAAAAGAUAAUAAUAUUUUUGUCCUUUUAUUAGCUCACCUGAUUGCUCAGGGGAGCUUUUGUGACCGGUCUUUGUCCGUCGUCUGUCCGUCCGUCGUCAACAUUUGGUUUGUAAACACUCUAGAGGCCACAAUUAUUGUCCGAUCUUCAUGAAACUUCUUCAGAAGCUUUGUCCCAAUGAAACCUCGGUUGAGUUCGAAACUGGGUCGUGUCGGGUCAAAAACAAGGUCACUAGGUCAAAAAAAAAAAACACCUUGUAAACACUGUAGAAGUCACAUUUCAUGCCCAAUCUUCAUGUUUCUUUGUCAAAAUGUUUGCCUUAAUGAUAUGUUGGUUGAGUUCAAAAGUGGUUCCAGUCCGUUGAAAAACAUGACCGCCAGUGGGCGGGGCAGUUUUCCUUAUUUGGCUAUAGAGAAACCUUGUAAACACUCUAGAAGUCACAAUUUUUGCCCAAUCAUCAUGAAAGUUGGUCAAAACAUUGGUUUUAUUGAUAUCACGGACGAGUUCGAAAAUGGUCCAGAUCGGUGAAAAAACAUGGCCGCCAGUGGGUGGGGCAUUUUUCUCUAUAUGUAUAAAGUGAAAACAUGUGAACACUCUAGAAGUCACAUUUUUGGCCAAAUUUUCAUGAAAUUUGGUCAGAACAUUUGUUUCCUUGAUAUGAGAGUUGAGUUCGAAAAUGGUUCCGGUCAGUUAAAAAACAUGGCUGCCGGUGGGGGGGGGGGGGGAGGGAGCAGUUUUCCUUAUUUGGCUAUAAAAAAACCUUAUAAACACUCUAGAAGUCACAAUUUUUGCCCAGUCAUCAUGGAAUUUGGUCAAAACAUUGGUUUUAUUGAUAUCUCGGACGAGUUCAAAAAUGGUCCAGAUCAGUGAAAAAACAUGGCCGCCAGUGGGCAGGGCAUUUUUCUCUAUAUGUAUAUAGUGAAAACAUGUGAACACUCAAGAUGUCACAUUUUUGGCCCAAUUUUCAUGAAAUUUAGUCAAAACAUUUCUUUCCUUGAUAUGAGAGUUUAGUUUGAAAGUGGUUCCGGUCAGUUGAAUAACAUGGCUGCCAGGGGGGGGGGGGAGGGCAGUUUUCUUAUAUUUAUAUUGUAAAAAAAGCUUGUGAACACUCUAGAAAUCACAUUUUUUGCCCAAUCAUCAUGAAACUUGGUACAAAGAUUGGUUUUAUAUAUAUCACAUAAAUAAUGCCAUAAUUAUUGCCCUUAGAUUGUCCAAAUUUUCAUUAUAUUAUACAAAAUCCUUGUAAACACUCUAGAGGUCACAUUUUGUUUCAGAUUUUAUGAAUCUUGGUCAUAAUAUUUGUUUUUGUAAGCAAAGUUUGAUGUUUGGUAAGGGGGGUUCAACUCAAAAUAUAGGUCACCAGGACAAAUCUUACAAAAACAAAAACACUAUAUGCCAGAGUUUUGGUUCAAUAAUGAUGAAACUUGACCAGGAUGUUUGUCUGGACAAUAUCUAGGUCAAGUUUGACGUUUGGUAAAGAUUGAAUGAACCGACUCCUCUCAGGUGAGCGAACUAGGGCCAUCUUGGCCCUCUUGUUAUUUUUUAAAUAUUGUCUAAUAAAUUAUUGAAUAUGAACAAUUUCACCAUGAUGGCUUACAUUAUAAUGUCAAGCACUCGAAUAGUCGAGCGCGCUGUCCUCUGACAGCUCUUGUGGGUUUACCUGGUACAUAUGAAAGAACACACACACACACUGGCAGUCAAAUGGCUUUUUGCCUCCAGGCAUCGGUAGUUUCGGGUUCAUAAUUAAGAGAGGCUCGGGAAUAUCCACAGUAUGUUAGCUUUUUAUCUGACAAAAAUUGUUAUUGCUUUAAUUGCAAAUAUAAGUAAAAAUCAAAGUCUGGAUCCUGUGAAAACUAAAAAAGUACUUAAGCUCACUUCAACUGUUUGUUAUUGGCGUCGCUCUGGAGAGCGGCGACUAGUAUGUAAUGCAUUUUUUUUAGCUCAGCUGAGCACAACGUGCUCAUGGUGAGGUUUUGUGAUUGCCUUUUGUCUGUCGUCCGUCGUGCGUUGUGCGGCAUCAACAUUUGACUUGUUAACUCUCUAGAGGCCACAUUUAUUGUCCAAUCUUCAUGAAAUUAGGUCAGAAGAUUGGUCUCAAUGAUAUCUUGGAUGAGUUUGAAAAUGGUCACGUUUGCUUAAAAACAUGGCUGCCAAGGGGCGGGGCAUUUUUCCUUAUAUGGCUAUAUAUGGCUACAGUUAAAUCUUGUUAACACUCUAGAGGCCACAUUUAUUGUCCGAUCCUCAUGAAACUUGGUCAGAAGAUUCAUCCCAACGAUAUCUUGAACGCGUUCAUAAAUGAUGUCGGUUGGUUGAAAAACAUGGCCACCAGGGGGCGGGGCAUUUUUUUUAUAUGGCUAUAGUAAAACCUUGUUAACACUCUAGAGGCCACAUUUAUUUUCCGAUCUUCAUGAAACUUGCUCAGAUGAUUUGUCCCAAUGAUAUCUUAGAUGAGUUCAAAAAUGGUAACCUUGGCUUGAAAAACAUGGCUGCCAAUGGGCGGGGCAUUUUUCCUCAUAUGGCUAUAGUAAAAUCUUGUUAACUUUCUAGUUUGUUCAAUCUACUUGAAAUUUGGUCAGAACAUUGGUUUCCUGUGUAGUAAAGUUUGGUUUUAUUAUGUCAAUAUUAUGUGACAUUAACUGUUUUAUGUAAUUUUUCAUUACACAGAAUUUUCAUAGUUAACAUAACUGUUUAAGUCAUUAACACUUAUGAUAAGCCUUUCAACUAAGAGAUAACUGACAGAAACACAACUUGUACAUGAUUUUGCAGUAUUUAUGCAGUAUAUAUCUCCCUUGUUUAACCUAGUUCAGUAAUCUAUUUUUAGUUCUGCUCUGGAAUUUGGGAAGAUAUUGAUCAUUGAUAAAUGCACUGUUCUGAGGGAAAAAUGACUUCUCUGCCAGUGAUCUCUUCUGAACUGUAUAAAAUAAGCUGUUUUGGCUGAUUUAAACACCUCUUGAUGCCUUCUUGAAAAGUUAACAGCUCUUGAAAAAGGUUGGAAUUUUGAAAUAAUUAAACUCUUAAUUAUUUUUAACACCAGCAUCAAGACAUUUUGGCAUUAUUUUCUAAAACUUCAUAGGUACAUUGAUCAUGACUCGCAGAUGACCCCUAUUGAUUUUGAGGUCACUAGGUCAAAGGUCAAGGUCACGGUGACCAGAAAUAGUAAUAUGGUUUUUGAAUGAUAACACAAGAACGCAUACCCCUAGGAUCAUGAAACUUCAUGGGUAGAUUGAUCAUGACUUGCAGAUGACCCCUAUUGAUUUUGAGGUCACUAGGUCAAAGGUCAAGGUCAUGGUGACCCGUUAUAGUAAAAUGGUUUCCGGAUGAUAACUCAAGAACGCAUACGCCUAGGAUCAUGAAACUUCAUGGGUAGAUUGAUCAUGACUCGCAGAUGACCCCUAUUGAUUUUGAGGUCACUAGGUCAAAGGUCAAGGUCACGGUGACCCGAAAUAGUAAAAUGGUUUUCGGAUGAUAACUCAAGAACGCAUACGCCUAGGAUCAUGAAACUUCAUAGGUAGAUUGAUCAUGACUUGCAGAUUACCCCUAUUGAUUUUGAGGUCACAAGGUCAAAGGUCAAGGUCACGGUGACCUGAAAUAGUAAAAUGAUUUUCGGAUGAUAACUCAAGAACGCUUUUGCCUAGGAUCAUGACACUUCAUAGGUACAUUGAUCGUGACCCUCAGAUGACCCCUAAUGAUUUUCAGGUCACUAGGUCAAAGGUCAAGGUCACAGUGACAAAAAUCGUAUUCACACAAUGGCUGCCACUACAACAGACAGCCCAUAUGGGGGGCAUGCAUGUUUUACAAACAGCCCUUGUUUUUAUAUAGAUUUUGAACUUCUUUUUACAUUCAUUAAGGUAUUUGCUGUAUGUUGUUCAUUUUUGUAACGAUACUUAGAUUUUUUAGACUUGGCUUGUACCUGUGCUUAAUUUUCUGUCAUUUUUUUUCAUUUUCCGAGUUCUUGGAAUAAAAAUUAGUUAUUUUUGUUAAAGCUGUCUUGGUUUUCACCUAUAAAUAAAUUCUUUGAGUGUAUUUAGGCGUCCCUGACUGAACGCCUUUAGUUAAUUGAAUUACAACCAGUCAGUAUAGUCAUCCUGAAUGGAAAUAAGAGUUUGUCAAAUAAAUAUUCCCGCAUUACAUAAGUGCUCACAAAGUUACAUAACUUGUAACCGUCCUGUGACCAGUUCAUUUGCGUAAGCGAAGAAGACCGAACUACCACACCUGGAUAGGACAGUUGAGUUCGAUAAUGGUUUGGAUCGGUAAAAAAAAACAUGGCUGCCAGGGGGGGGGGGCAUCUUUUUCCUUAUAUUUAGAUAGUAAAAAAGCUUGUGAACACUCUAGAAGUCACAUGUUUUGCCUAAUCAUCAUGAAAUUUUGUCAAAACAUAAGUUAUGUGGAUGUCUCAGACGAGUUUGAAAAUGGUCAUGAUCAGUGAAAUAACAUGUCCGCCAGGGAGUGGGGCAGUUUUCUUUAUAUAUAUAUAGUGACAACAUGUGAACAGUCUAGAAGACACAUUUUUUUCUCAAUCUUCAUGAAAUUUGGACAUAUCUUGGAAGAGUUAAAAAAUGGUUCAGGUCUGUUAAAAAAACAUGGCCGCCAAGGGGCCAUUUGUUGUUCAUUCUUCAUGAUACUUGGUUAGAACAUUUGUUCCAUUGUUAUCUUGGGCUGCAAAGAACAGGUCAUUUCUUUUUAUCUCAGGUGAGCGACUUUGGGCCUUUGAGGCCCUCUUGUUUUCGCUUAUGGGAGGAGCAGUUAUUGUACGGAUCAAUAUAUAUAUUUUUGUUUUAAGAAUAUCUUGCAUAGUGGUGAUUUUUGUAUAAAUUAGUGUAAAUAAGUACUGCAUUUGUGCCUAUUAUAUUUAUUACAACAUUUAUUGCCAAUAAUGCAAAGUUAAUUCUUUUAAUUAAUAGCUAAACACAGGGACUGGGCACUAAUAAAAGAUCACAGGGACUGGGCAAAUAUGCGAACCGGUGAAACUUUAAAUAAAUAGUCAACAUUUUUGUCUGAAACUUUCAACAGUCGCCGAUGUAGUGGAUGAGGUGUCCGCCUAGCGGUCGGGAGUUGGUGGGUCCGAUUCCCAGGCGGGGAGCAUUUUUUUAUAUACUAUUUAUUUUAUUUAUAUAUUUAUAUAUAUAUUAUAUUUUUAAUAUAAAUAUAUAUAUAUAUAUUUUAUAUUUUUUAAAUUUAUUUUUUACAUAUUAUUUUAAAUAGAAUUUAAAAAUACUGCGUUUUAAUGCGACCUAAAUACAACAUUGCACAUUUUUAUUAAAAUUAAUGGAUGCCACGUGGUGACGUUAAUUAAAAUUUCUUACAUCUCUUAAAUAUCUUAUAAAAAAAUACACGUGUUUUUAUAUUAACAAAUAAAUGCAAACAACACAUCUAUUUUGCAUGUAUUUUUGUUUUUGUUUAUGGUUGUCUAUCAUAGGCCCUAAGUACUAUCCCUACCACAUAAAGAGCGCGAAGCGCGACACGUAUUAUUGAUUGUAACAAUGAGUUGUGAUAAAGGAAGCAGCCGCUUAUCAAGGAGGAGCUGUGUCCCAGCAACACGUUUCCCUAGAGUCAAGCACUCCUCAGAGUUUUUUUUUCAAGAACCACAUAUAGAGCACGAAGCGCGACAAGUAUUACUAUCCAGGUGGUAUGGACCCUUUGGUAUGGACCCUUUGGUAUGGACUUUUUAGGUGACACUAUCAAUGCGCAUUUUGUGAGAUGAAGCAGAUUUUUUUUAAACCUACACAGUUCUGUUCCAUUAAUGAAAAUUGCACACGGAUGCCAGUAAAAAAGGAAACCAAUGUUUUUAAAAUGAACUAUGGAAUAUUUGGGGGUUACAACACAAAAUCAUAGAUAAUGGUUAUACCAGUAUCUUUUUCUGUUUUGAUUAAAAUAAUCGGCCAAUAUAUUUAUAUUUACAGUAGAAAAAAAAUCGUUCCAUGUAAUUUCAUUGAGUGCCUUUAACACUGAAAUUCCCGACAUCCUUUGAUGCUUUGCAUCAAUAUUUAUCUUGUAAUGCUCUUUUAUUCAUAGUGUCAAAUCUCUGUUUUUAUGAUUUUUUAAAACCUGUUUUAUUUGUAAUUAAAAACAUUUAAUGCAUAGACAUUGUUAUCAUGUGCAUUUAAAAUGCAUUUAAUACUAUGUUAUUUAAGCAGUAGGAAUGAAGAUUUUUGAAGACAAAUGGAAAGAAGACUUUCUAGCAAUUGUUUGGCACGAAGUUAAGUGGUUCUAAGUUUUGUUUUUGGUCACUGGGACUAUAAGUAACCAGGAGUUGACUGUUUAUGUAAAUGAGCAGAAAACAAUUGAUGAUGCUUGCACAGUUAUGAUCACUCUUUUGUCUAUCUGGUAUAAUAGGUGGAUUUGGUGAUUUGCCUUACAUUAUUAGCUACGGUAUUUUGCAUUAGGUUAAUGAUAGGGAAUAACAGUAGAGAAUAUGAUAGUGUUUACUUUGAAAAUGACAUAUUUUCAUGUUAAACUUGAACAAAAUGAGGUAAAAGAGGGUUAGGAGAGCAUGUCUUUUGAAGUAAGUGCUAAAGACUUGCCAUAGAUCUGACUUUUUUAAGCCCCUCUUCAAAAAAGAAGGGGUAUAUUGUUUUGCUUGAUGUCAGUCGGUCUGUCUCUCGGUAGAGCAGUCUUAAUGUCGGUAGACCAGUUUGUUUCCAAACCAUAACUCGUCAACGAAUUGACCGAUUGGCUUGAUACUUCUCAUGUGCAUUGCCCUUGGACAGUAGAUGACCCCUAUUGAAAUUGGGGUCACUAGGUCAACGGUCAAGGUCACUAUCACAAUGUCAGUCAGUCUGAUGUCGGUAGACCAGUCUGAAUGUUGGAAGACCAGUUCAUUUCAGAAUCAUAUCUUGUCAACGAAUUGACCGAUUGCAAGGCUUGACAUGUGCAUUGGCCUUGGACAGUAGAUGACCCCUAUUGAAAUUGUCGUCACUAGGUCAAAAUAACUAUCACACUAAGUGUUAAGAUCAUUUUGGAUCAAUAACUUGUCAACCAAUUGACUGAUUGGUUUGAUACUAAACAUGUGCAUUGGCCUUGGGCAGUAGAUGACCCCUAAUGAAAUUGGGGUCACUAGGUCAAGGUCACUAUCACACUGUGAUAAGUGUGAACAUAGUUUCAGAUCAGUAACUUGUCAACUAAUUGACCGAUUGGCUUCAUACUUCACAUAAGCAUUUGCCUUGGACUGUAGAUGACCCAUAUUAAAAUUGGGUCACUAGAUCAAGGUCACUAUUGCACUAAGUGUGAAAAUAGCUUAAGAUCAAUAACUUGUCAACCAUUCGACCGAUUGGCUUUAAACUUCACGUGUUUUGGCCGUGGACAGUAGAUAACCCCUAUUGAACUUUGAGUUACUAGGUCAAAGGUCAAGGUCACUGUUGCACAUUAAGAGUACAAUCGUUUCCGAUAAAUAACUUGUCAACUGAUUCACCGAUUGGCUUGAUACUUCCCAUGUGCAUUGGGCUGGGACAGUAGAUGACCCCUAUUGAAAUUGGGGUCACUAGGUUAAAGGUUAACGUCACUGUUACACACUAAGUUUGAAAUCGUUUCUCAACAAUAAAUCGUCAACUGAUUCACUGAUUGGCUUGAUACUUCCCAUGUGCACUGGCCUUGGACAAUAGAUGACCCCUAUUGAAAUUAGGUCACUAGGUCAAGGUCACUGUUACACACUAAGUGUGAAAUCAUUUCUGAUCAAUAAUUCAUCAACUGAUUCACUGAUUGGCUUGAUACUUCUCAUGUGCAUUGGUCGUGGACAGCAGAUGACACCUAUUGAAAUUGGGGUCACUAGGUCAAAGGUCAUGGUCACUGGCACAAGUAGUGGGAAAAGCGUUUCUAAUCAAUAACUGGUCAACGAAUCAACCAAUUGGCUUGAUAUUGCCCAUGCGCAUUGGCCUUGGACAGUAGAUGACCCCUAUCAGAAUUGGGGUCACUAGGUCAAAGGUCAAGGUACUGUCAAGAUAAGUGUGACAAUUUUCCAAUCAAUAACUCAUCAACGAAUUGACCAAUUGGCUUGAUACUUCACAUGCGAAUUGGCCUUGGACAGUUGAUGACCCCUAUUGAAAUUCGGGUCACUAGUUCAAAGCCCUGUUUGGGGGGCAUAUAUCUCCGAACGCAGAACACUUGUUGUUUAGGUGUUUGUGAUAUUCAGAGUUUGUAUAGUUGCAUGACAUGUGUUGCUUUUGCAUGUUCAUAUGUUUAUUAAUAAUUCUUAUUGUUGUUUACACUGUUUUUUAAGCUAAUUGAAAAUGAAAGAUGCUUAUUGUUUAAACCAUACUCGAAAAAACACAACAUG